CUAUACUGACUCUUUUUUUCCUUUUUACACAUUACACGUUUUACAGUUUUAUUCUUAAAAACCACCACAAACCGAGUGUCCCAGUUUUUUAUGUUGAAAAUCUGGUCACUCUACUUUAAUAGUUUUUCUCCUCCUGUUCUUCUGCAAAGCGCCAUCUGUUUGGAGACUUCCCCGGCUCUGAACACCUGUGCGUAAUCCGUGCGUAAUCUGUGCGUAAUCUGUGCGUAAACACGAGGCGCAGGAGGUUUAGCAGAUUUACCACCUGCUGCUGCUCAGGCUAAAGCUAACGCACUUUUUAAUCAACUGAAACCUAUGGAAACUCGGGUUAGCUCCGGAGUUUAGCCUGGAGCGUUCGGCGGGAGGAUGUGACUUUUUUACCCGGGUUCUGCUGCACGUUUCCCGGCAGAGCGAAGCGGCAUGGCGCAGUCCGACCCGGAACAGAAGAACCGGGACCGAACCAAAACCAACCAGCUGCUGCCCCACGCGACCAACGAUAAUCUGAACACGGCUCUCGGGGCGAUUCGAGUUUUGGGUUUGGAGCUGAAGGACAAAGAACUACAACCUCAUCUGAGCACCGUCCUCACCUGUAUCCAACAGAAGAACAGGGGCGCUCCGGAGCAGGUGGUGAUCAGUGGAGUACUUCCUGUUCUGGCCCUGAACCUGAGAACCCGAGGCUCCGUCCUGACGGCCCGACUCGUGUCCGCGCUCGCCAACGACGCUCUGGUGCGUAAAGGCUUCGGAGACUCAGGUCUGGUCCCAGCUCUGAUCUCUGUCCUGACGAGUCCAAACGAAGAUCUGCUGAUCCACUCAGCCACAGCCCUGAGCCGCAUGUGCUACGACAACAGUAAACUCCAGGACCAGUGCGUUCGUUGUGGGGCGGUUCCUCGUCUGGUCUCGAUCCUGUUCCGGUUCUCGGAGCGCCCCCUGCUGGAGGAGGCGUGUCUGCUCGCGCUCUGUAACCUGAGCGGGCUGGGCCUGAGCGAGGAGGGGGGCGUGUCCUGGGAGAGGGGCGUGGCCAUGCGCCCAGGUGAGUGCACGUUCACAGGCUCCGCCCCCCUGCGCUGCGGGUGGGCGGGGUCUUGGGUUACCGUGGUGAUGGUCUCUCAGUUCGCUCCGGGCCAGUUUUCCGUGAACAUGGAGGUGAUGCGGCGCUGCUCCCCGCGCUUCCUCCAGGGGGCGCCGCACCACUCCCUCUUCUCCGUCGUCCGGACCGGAUCCAACGUCUACAAAGUCCUGAAGCACUGGACCCGGAACCGGACCAGGAACCAGACCCGGAACCAGACCCGGAACCUCAAGACCAGGAUGUUCCACACUUUUCUAUAACAGAAGCCCUCUCCUCCAGGACUAAACCAGGACUAAACCAGGACUAAACCAGGACUAGCUCAUGAUCCCAGUUCAGUCCUGGUUUAGUCCUGGUUUAGUCCUUGAUUAGACCUGGUUUAGUCCU